GUGGACAUGAUGGUCAGGUUCUUGGUACCCAAUGGCGUUAUAGAAGGCAGGGCUUUAAUGGAGGGAAGGCACAGGAGUCUGAGGUAUAUUUAAAGAGCACACAGACACCACGACUGACCAUUAGUGCUGUUCCUCAAGUUAGUCUGAUCACCUGUCUGUCUGUCUGUCUGUCUGUCGGUCUGUCUGGCUGGCUUUUGGCUGCCAUGUUGGCUCAGGCGCUCUUGAAGACAUCGCUGCUGCUGUGGCUGGUGCAGCACACCUUACAAGGAGGAGUCGGACGUCAAGCUGGAGUGCUGGGGAGACUGGCCCCAGGACGAGGUGCAGGUCUCGGUGUUCCUGGUACUGCUGGAAAGCCUGGAGGAGCUGGUGUUCUCGGGAGCCGUGGCUAUGCAGGAGGAAAUCCCGGAGCUGGGCGUUAUCUCGGAGGAUUGGGAUACGCGCCCAGAGGAGGACUGAAACAAGGAUACGGAGCUGCUCUGGGAGGAUACGGUGCUAAUCUUGGCGCAGGACUGGCACUCGGGAACGGCCUGGGAGGGCGAGGAUACACCAAUGGAUACAGAUAUCAGCCAGGUUAUGGUGCUGGAGGUUAUCCUGGUGCUGUAUAUGGCGCUGCAGGAGGAGGCACACCUGCAAGAAGCGGCACUAAAGGCUACAAACCGGGAUACGGUGGAGGACAAGUGUCACCUCCUGGACCAGGGUUUAAAAGCAACGGAUUGGGGCCAGGAGUGAGCAGGCCCAACGGACAGGCCACAAAGCCGUCUAAAGCUGGUAAUGGGUAUGGAGGAGGAUUGCCCAUUGUACAGAGACAGAAAGGCAAUGGAAUUCGUCCAACCCCAGGAGUACCAAACGGACACGGUGCUCUGAGUAACGGUUACCGUCGAGGACCAGUAAUAUCCAAAGGAGGGCUUGGUUCUGGAGCGGGAGCAGGACGUAAUGGGAAUGGAGUUAAAGGAAAUGGUUACGGCCCACGGCCCGUCUCUAACGGAGCGUCUAAUGGAUUUAAUGGAGUGCCUAAUGGAGUGUCUAAUGGAGGUUUAAGUAAUGGAGGAGCUGCGUCCCGCGGAAACGGUGCCAAAACGACUAAACCCGGAGGGUACGGCCCCGGCGUGUAUCCCGGAGCAGGCCUGACCAACGGCUACGGAGCGGGUCUUGGCCCAGGUGUGUACCCACAAACAGGUCGAGUGGGCAAACAGACAGGCUAUGCAUAUGGCGUUAACGGAUAUGGCGAUGGCUAUGGAGCUGGUCCAGGUUAUGGAGGUCCAGGACUGGGACUGAACACUGCUUUGGUUGCUGGAUUUGGACCUGGACUUGGUGCUGGACUAACCUCUGAGGCCAAGGCUGCGAAAUACGGUGGCGCUGGUCCGGGUGCGGUGAUCGGCACUGCUGCAGGUCAGCCCGUGGUUUCUGCUGGUCUCGGCACUGCCGGCAAAUCAGGAGGUUAUGGUGGAGCUUCUUACGUGGGACAGCCAGGUGGCCUUGGAGCUGACGCUAGCCUCGGUACUGGUGGAAUCCUGGAACCUGUGACUGACGGAGGAGCCGGUCAGCUUCCCUAUAACGGCGCACCGGUGAUUCCUGCCGGACUGGAUGGUGAUAAUGGCUACCCGUAUGGAACGCAGCAGCUCAGUCUAGGAGGUUAUGGAGCAGGCCUUGGAGCUGGAGGUCAAGGGUCAUACAGAGGAAAAGACGGCAGCAAGUACGGCGCAGCUGGUUACUACGGUAACGGCGUCAAAGGCUGAUUUCCGGGCCUCUGAGGUGUGACCCAGUGUGACGUGUUUUUGUUUUGUUUUGUUUGGUUUUCUCCUUCAUCCCUCUUCCUGUUCUUCACUGAAGUGUGUGCACGUCUGUGACCUGAAUGUCGUCGUGUGUUAGCGCCGAUCCGGAGCUUUUCGUUGUUGUCUCCUGCUGUCUCUGUGUGUCCAUGCAGUGAUUGUGAUGUGUGCGCUGUCGUGUUGUUUUGUUUUUUUGGGGCUGAAGUUUUUGUCUCACGCCCUUUCCUUGUCUCUGUAUCUAACUAAAACCUCUUGAGCACUA